CUUCUCUCUCACUGAAAUCCUCCGUCACUCGUUACUUUUUUCUUCUCCCUCCACGUUCAAUUCAACAUUCGAUCCCUGUUCCCUGUUUGAGAGAGAGAGAGAGAGAGAGAGAGAGAGAGAGAGAGAGGCAGAGCCGCCCAGAACGAUCUCUCUCUCUUGGGUUUACACAAAUCCAAAGCAGAAUCUCAGAUCGGACUUGCCUUUUCUCUGUUUCAUAUUAAGGUGCCAAGAUGGUUGCACAGGGCUUUACUGUGGACUUGGACAAACCUCUUGUCUUCCAGGUUGGCCAUCUCGGUGAAUCCUACCAAGAGUGGGUUCAUCAGCCCAUUGUUAGCAGGGAAGGCCCACGCUUUUUUGCAAGUGAAUUCUGGGAGUUCUUGACUCGGACAGUAUGGUGGGCGAUUCCCCUCAUUUGGCUUCCAGUUGUACUUUGGUCCAUCAGCAAAUCGAUCCGGAUGGGCCUUGCACUUCCAAAAGUAGCACUAUUGAUUGCUGUUGGGAUAUUAGUGUGGACAUUACUAGAAUACACUUUGCACCGCUUCCUUUUCCACAUCGAGACAAAAAGCUAUUGGGGAAAUACUAUGCAUUAUCUUCUUCAUGGCUGCCAUCAUAAGCACCCUAUGGAUGGGUUACGUCUUGUUUUUCCUCCUGCUGGAACAGCUAUUCUAUCUGUUGGGUUCUGGAAGCUGCUUGGACUUGCAUCAACUCCUGCUGCUACACCUGCUUUGUUUGGUGGUGGCAUGUUGGGCUAUGUAAUGUAUGACGUCACCCACUACUACCUCCACCAUGGACAUCCAUCUACAGAAAUGCCUCGUCAGCUGAAGAGGUAUCACAUGAACCAUCAUUUCAGGAUUCAAGAUAAGGGCUUUGGGAUAACUUCCUCACUAUGGGACAGGGUCUUCGGAACACUUCCUCCUUCCGAGGCUCCUCAAAAUAAGAGAUAAUUUAAUAGAAACUGCUGAGGAAAAUUGCAAUUGUGUUCUAUGAGGUGUGCCCGUGAGGGGCUUAGCUAUUUGGCUUAUAGUGAAUCGUUGUUGUCAUCUUGUGUUAUUGUUUAUCUAUGUAGUAACAUAGGUCAGUCUUAGCUUAGUUUUCAUCUUUGUAUCCAUUCUUUUAUCUCUCUUGCUAUUUAUCUGUCAUAUCAUUCAUAUUAGUUUUCUCAGAUUUAGAGGUUGGUGCUAUUAGUUUUUGUGGUUUCCUUGACUCCUCCCAUUCGGUUGUGAUUGUGACACAUUCUUUUUCUGGAGGUACUUUGAAAUCUUCCUCUCCAACUCCUCGAUCAUUACAAUCUAAAGAGCUUUCAUGUGUAUAGGUUUUUGACUUGUUGAAUGAAGUUGGUAAUUGCAGGUUUUA